AUGAAAUUUGUUACAGCAGCAGAAGAUUUGAGUAUCACGAAGAUUGCUGGUUUAACAUGGGAACAAUGGAACGAACGAUUAGCAAUGCCACUUGUGACAACACUUCGCGAAGGUGCUCAUCCUUUGGUUUUCCCACGAGAUUUGUGUGUCAGUACGAUGGAAAUGAAAAGUGAACGCUCUGAAGAACGAUCGCCGAAUGGAUCAUCUGGAAGUGCAAGUGGAAAUGGCAACACAACAACACCAGGAAACGGGUCUACCAUGCAGGAAGGUUUUACAUGUCCCGAUUGUGGCCGUAUGUAUAAGUUAAAAUCGUCUUUAAGAAACCACCAAAAGUGGGAGUGCGGAAAAGAGCCACAAUUCCAAUGUCCAUAUUGCGUGUACAGAGCUAAACAGAAGAUGCACAUCGGUCGUCACAUGGAACGAAUGCACAAAGAGAAAUUCUUCAAGGUCGGCGGUGAUGGAAAAAUCAUUGCACUUGAAGAAGCUCUGAGUCAAAUCGUUCAGGCGACUGGAUGUGGCGACUUUAAUGCGACAUUAUAA